GAAGGAUUGCCCAAGUGAAAGCACAUGACUGUGACCUUGCCAUUGAAGAUAUAAUUUAUAUGUUAAUCAUCUACAAGUUCUCUGAAAUACGAGUCCCUUUGGUUCCAAAGCUCUCAAAAUGCAUUUAUAAUGGUAGACUAGAGAUAUGGCCUUCAAAGGACUGGGAGCUAGAAUCCAUUCACUGUUUUGAGGUUUUGGAGAUGGUACGGGAGCAUAUAAGUACCGUUAUUGGCUUGAGAGCAGAUUCUAGUGUCACAGACAACUGGGCAACCACAGAGAUCCGGCAUAUUGAUCUUGGCCGAGUUUAUGCAGCAUCAAUCUUGUAUGGCUACUUUCUGAAGUCUGCCUCUUUGAGGCAUCGUCUGGAACAGUUUCUAGGCUUGCCAUUGACUGAUAAAGACAACAAUCUUGGUCAGAUGCCUUCCUUCCAAUUUCCAGAGAUUAAGGCCAGACUGAAAAAUCUGGUCGGCUGUGUAGGCAAUAAGCAGUUUGAUUCAGUUGGUCAAGAAUCAAGAAGGCAGGAAAGCAAUGUUGACACUUUCAGGCAUUAUGUAAUGAGAUUUGAUCCUGAAACAUUGAAGAUGUGUGCAAAGCUAAGGACCAAAGAGGCUGCACAUUUGAUUGAGAAGCAUAGCUGUGCGCUGUUUGGGAAUGAAAAAACGGGCAAGCUUGAAACUGAUGGUUUGAUCUUGACCUCUUUCUCAAGCCUAAAGAGGUUAGUUUUGGAAGCUGUUGCUUUUGGUUCUUUCCUUUGGGACAUUGAAGAAUAUGUUAACAAUGUCUAUAAUCUUAAAGACAGCUAAAUUCGAGCCAACCGGCAGUUAAAUAAGUCAGAGCUAGUGAUCAAGCCUCUCUGUACAUAGGAGUGUUUGACUUUUGCCAGCAAAGGUUUUGGAAAUCGACAAUUUCCAUUGUGUAGCUUUUUUUUGCUUCUGUAACAUGGGUAUCUAAACCUGGUUUGACUGGUUAAACUACAUAUUAUUAUUUUCUUAUAAAUAAUGUGCAGUUUCAGUAUAAUCUUCUCUGCCAAUUCGUGUUCUGCUCUCUUCUCCCCAGCAACCGACCAAAGAAGCCCUGCCACCACCGCCUACUCCUCUUGAAAAAUUGAUCUGCUCUGUUCUCCUUGCCCCUGUCCGUGAGUUGCUCUUGCCGGUGAGAGUGCUUUCGGUUUUCUGAUCCCGCCAACGUUCCCAUCGCCAGCUCCAAUUUCUUUGCUUGCUGAAUUUUCUGGUAUGUGGCAACUCUUUUAAGUCCAAAUUUCAUCUAGUUGGUGGUUGCCUUGCUGAAUUUGGUCCUUGUGUGGCUGCCUUGUGUUGUCCAAAUGCUGCCAAGAAAAAUGGAAGAUUUCGGUAGCUUUAAAUUGUGUUUUUAGUUAAUUCAUGUGGAAUUUGCUUAUGUUGGUUGCUGUGAUGUUAAUUGUGGGAAAAUCCUAUGAAAUUCUCGUGAAUUAGCUAUUUUUGCCUAAGCCGAUUCCUCCAUUUUAUCUAUGAGAUUUGGAAAUUAAAUAUAAAUGCACAAUAUGAUUUUUAGAGCUCAAAUUUCGGAUAGGAAGUAAAAUAAAAUGAAGUAAAUAAAUAAAUAAAAUAAAAUAUUGCAUUAUGGGGGUUAAUUGCCGGCAAUAUUGAAAAGGAUUAAAUAGGUAGUUUUCAUAUGGUUAUUAAUUCUGGAAUAUUUUGGUUAGGUUCCUGCUUAUUCUAUCACCCUAGCUCUUGAAGUGAGUUUUCUGCUUUAUGCGAUUGAGGUAGUGAGACCCGACACACGGGGAGCCUGGGAGAGUGACGAGCUAGGCAGCUAGGCAUUAUUUUGGACUUAGAUUUUAUAGCUAGGCCGCUAGUCACCCAUGCUUGACAUAGAAAUUUUGUGUACAGAGCUUCCUUAGUUUUAGUCAUGAUCGUAUAUAUGAAGUUAUAAAUUUUGUACAUCUUGACUGGUAAAUAUUUGGUAAAUAAAAAGGUUUAGAUCUGAAUUGUCUGAAUUGCUAAGUAAGAACUCAGUAGGUUCCGAGUCUUGUGUAUUUGUGGGCCCUGUUCACGAGUGCAUGACGCUUGUCUCGCUUCGGGGUUUGGGGCGUGACAAGCUUCUUUGAUUUUUGAUAGUUUUCUUUCUAUUUCUACCUUGAUAAUCAAAGGUAUAUUUAUUA